AUGGCAACACACCUCAUCGACGACGACAAGGAAGAACACUCCAUCGCGGUUCUCGAAGUCCACCAUGACUCGAUGCCUGAGGAACUCCGCGGUCUUUCAGAGGAAGAGCUCAAGGCCAUCGAGAAGAAGCUUGUGCGCAAGGCCGACCUUGUGAUUUUACCUGUCAUGGGCAUCCUUUACAUUCUCAACUACAUUGACCGCCAGAACCUUGGCGCAGCUAAGAUUCAAGGAAUUAUGGUUGAUCUCAAUAUGACCACGGACCAGUUUGCCACUGCUGUAUCCAUCCUCUUCGUGGGCUACCUGCCGUUCCAGAUUCCAAGCAACCUCCUCAUCAGCAGGUUGUCUCGCCCAGGACUCUACAUUUGCUGUGCCUGUGCCAUCUGGGGUUGCAUCAGUGCCUGCACCGCAGCGGUCCACUCAUAUUCUGCCCUUUUGGCCGUUCGUGUUAUUCUCGGCGCAGUGGAAUCAGCCUUUUUCCCCGGCGCAAUCUACCUAUUGAGUGCGUGGUACACCAAGAACGAACUCGGCAAACGCAUCGGCGGUCUCUACGUCGGCCAGCAAGUCGGAAAUGCGUUUGGAGGCCUCAUCGCAGCUGGUUGCCUCAAGCUGGACGGCCGGAUGGGCCUAAGCGGUUGGCGGUGGCUCUUUAUCAUCGAAGGCGCCGCAACAGUCGGCAUCGCGCUGCUGUCAGCCCUGAUCCUGCCAGAGUACCCGUACAACGCCAGACUUCUCACCCCUCUGGAGCGCAAGGUUGCCGUGUGGCGCUUGGAGAAGGAGGCCGGUGCGGCCGAGGGCUCUGAGACUGUCGGUACAUGGGCUGGGUUCUUGCAAAGCUUCAAAGACCCCAAGCUUUAUCUCCUGAUUUUCUGCAACAUGAUGUCGCAAACUCAAGGAUCGAUCGCAAACUUUUUCCCGACCAUUGUCAAGACGCUUGGUUACAACUCCAUCCUCACUUUGGUCCUGACAGCGCCUCCCUACAUCUUUGCGGGCUUCUACUACAUGGGUCUGACAGCACUUAGUGACAAAACCGGUAAAAUCUAUCUGUUUAUCAUGAUCAACAUCGGCCUCGCAAUUUGCACGUACAUUGUGCCGAUGGCAACGCUCAGCGUUCCCGGUCGCUACGUUGCCAUGAUUUUCAUGCCCUGCACCAGCGUUGGGCCCCAACUUUUGCUUUACAAGACAAUCAACCACCACAUGCCGCGCCCACUGGCCAAGAGAGCCGCGACGAUCGCCUUGAUGAACUCUAUUGGCGGGACGUCGAAUAUCUGGGCCAGCUACCUUUGGUUCGCCGGACCAAGGUACUUUGCCGCAUUUGGCACUUGUGGGUACUUGUGGAUUAGAUUGGGCGCUGACGACUCAGUUAUCGCGGCGGCCGUCGCAUUCGCUAUUACGAUUACGGGAUACCUCUUGUAUGUUCGUCACGAGAACAAGCUCUUGGAUGGAACCCCCGAACAGGUCGACAAGGUCAAGGGUCGUGGUGUGACGACCGAGCAAGUGGACAUGGGCUGGAGAUACGAGGGUUAUUAA